ACAGGAAGUUGCAGGAAACUGGGCAGAGCUGGUGCUCCGGCUGGGCUGGCCGCUGGGCCGCAGACUGGAGCCAAGCUGGGUCUGAGGACUGUUCGGCUGGAAGGAAUGCUUUUCCCUGGGCUCCCUGUUGUCCCUCAUCUCCAACAUCCCCGUUGGAGAACCUGCAGAUCGAAAGAGAAUUCAAAGACCUCUCAACCAACGCACACGCGCAGAUCCGAUCUGCAUCCUGGUUCAAACUGUUAGAAACCCCAGAUCACUGACAGCAAAACCAGCCAUUUAUCCAGCUUAAUGAGAGGGAUGGAAAGGUGAACAAUCACCAGCUAGAAUGUGAGCUCUGGCCAAGCAGAGGCUGCUUCUGACUUGGGCACUCCUGGGUCGCCAAACCUGGAACUGCCUGGCACAUAGUACUGGCCACGUUCUACAUCCCCAGCACUGUGGGCAACGCCCGUUACAGAGUGAAACCUGGUGGUCCAGACGGGGACACUGAGCGGCUAGUUGCCUGGAGUGUCACAGCUCGGCAGCCAGAUAGGGCUGAGGGGCCUAGCCGAGGCUCUCCUCCCUCUUUCGCUCCUCUGUCCCGGUUAAGGGGUCUCCUGCUGGAGCAGCCUGGGCUAUGACCGUCGCGUUCUUCUGCAGGCUGCUGGAAUGGAGAGCCCCCUGGCAGACUGUGCUCAGGGUGGGCAUUUCCAUGUGGUCACUCCUCUGCUGGAGAGCUGGGCACUAUCCCAGGUGGCAGGCACGACCGUCUUCCUCAAGUGUGAGAACGUGCAGCCGGCCGGCUCCUUCAAGAUCCGGGGCAUUGGGCAUUUCUGCCAGGAGGCGGUCAAGAGGGGAUGCAGACACUUGGUGUGCUCCUCAGGUCACAUAUCCACCUCUGGGACCAGAAAGAGGACAGAAGGGGGCAACGCAGGCUUUGCUGCUGCUUAUGCCGCUCGGAAGCUGGGCAUCCCUGCCACCAUUGUGCUCCCUGAGGGCACCUCCCCGCACGUGGUGAGGAGGCUGCAGGGGGAGGGGGCUGAAGUCCAGCUGGCUGGAAAGGUCUGGGACGAGGCCAGCCUGAAGGCACAAGAGUUGGCCAAGAGGGAUGGUUGGGUGAACGUCCCUCCGUUUGACCACCCCCUGAUCUGGGAAGGCCAUGCCAGCCUGGUGCGAGAGCUGAAGGCAGCACUGGGGACCCCACCGGGGGCCCUGGUGCUGGCAGUAGGCGGUGGAGGGCUCCUAGCUGGGGUGGCAGCUGGCCUCAUAGAGGUGGGCUGGCAGCAUGUGCCCAUCAUCACAGCAGAGACCCAAGGGGCACACUGUUUCAAUGCAGCCAUCAAGGCAGGCAAGCUAGUCACACUGCCAGACAUCACCAGUGUGGCCAAGAGCCUGGGUGCCAAGACUGUGGCCAGGAGGGCCCUGGAGUGCACAAAGGAGCUGGAGAUCUUCUCUGAGGUAGUGGACGAUGCCCAGGCCGUGAGUGCUGUGCAGAAGUUCCUGGACGACGAGCGCAUGCUGGUGGAGCCUGCCUGCGGGGCAGCUCUGGCUGUCAUCUACUCAGGCCUCCUGGGGAGGCUCCAGGCUGAGGGCCGCCUGAGCCCCUCCCUGGCCUCGGUCGUGGUCAUUGUGUGUGGAGGCAACAACAUCAACAGUCAAGGGCUGCAGGCCCUGAAAGCCCAGCUGGGUCAGAGCUGAGGGCCCCUCCUCCGGACGGACACACCCACAGGUGGCCGAAGGGCCUCUGGGCUCAUGGAUGGUGCAGCCGCCUCCUACAGGAAGCCCUCCUGCUCCCUGUGACUCCCCGCAGCCCUGGCCAAUAAACACUUUCUGAGUUGAAUUUGUAA